AUGGAGAGACAAAACACUAAAUCUUCUUAUAAGUUUGUCAAGAACACUUCACCUUCUUCAUCUCAAUGGAGUAGUACUGAUUCUAAGGGAACGGCAAAAGAUGUACUCAAAGAAAGGCUUAAUGACAAGACUAAGGCUUCAAGAAAAUCUCCUACCAAAGAAAAUACUAAACCACAAGAGUUCAAGCUCCACACACAAGAAAGAGCUGUCAAACGUGCAAUAUUCAACUAUGGAGUGACAACUAAAUUGUAUCUUAUGGAAUUGCAAAAGAGACAAGAGGAGAAGUUGAUGAAGAUUAUUGAAGAGGAAGAAAUACGUUUGCUAAGGAAGGAAAUGGUUCCCAGAGCUCAAUUAAUGCCUUAUUUUGAUAAGCCAUUUUCACCACAAAGAUCAAGCAAAACAGUUCAAAGAGAAUCAUGCAUCCACAUGCUGAGUAGCAAGUGCUGGAGUUGCACCUCUGGCAAUGGAUUCUACAGCAUGCACCAAUAUGGUCAUCAAGCUCUUAACAAUCCAAUCAAAUAG